AUGGAGGGCUCUGGGGAACCGCUGGGCCCGCUGUGCCGGGCCUACAUCUACGCCAUCCACGGCUACUUCUGCGAGAUCCUUUUCGUGGUCCUCAUCCUGGACCAGGACUGGGCCUUCCGGGGGCCCCUCAGCGCCUGCUCCCUGCUGGCCUACGGCACCUGUGGGAUGACCAUGGAGGGCAUCUACCUGCAACUGCGGGGUGACUGCUGCCUGCUGACCCGCUGCUCCCUCUACACCAGCUGCAUCUACCUCUGGCAGCUGGGCAUCGGCUACCUGCUGCGCUGCCUCGGCGCCUGUCCCUGGGACCACGGGCACCUCCGCUACCACUUCCUGGGGCUCGUCGCCCUGGAGCACAGCCUGCUGUGGUUCGUGGGCGCCCUGCUGCUCGAGAGGCUGGUCAUCGCCCCCACCCUGCGCCUCCGCCUGGGGGCCCCCUGGAAACCCAAGCGGCGCCCCCUCCCCAAGUUCCAGCUGACCCACGACUGA